AUGAGUAGCGAUUUCCAUGGAUCGACUGGCAUUACGCCGCCCAAGGGCCCAGCUUCUUAUAGUACCUACAAGAGUCCUUAUGGUCCUAAAUACACUGUGAACGCGAACGUGGCUGGAUGGACCUUUAAGAGCGCUUCGAGACUUGGCAUGACACUCGGUGCUUUCGGAGGUGUUGCCGGAUUCUUUGCUCUCUACUUCUUCUCGGAUGUACCAAAAGUACGAAAGGAUAUCUGGCAGAAAGUACCCCUUAUUGGACAGCACUUCGUGAAGGAAGUUCCUCCAUCUGACAACCCAUUCUAG